AUGGACGUGUCGUAUUUGAUGAUUGAUGGUAAAGAAGAAGAAGAAGCAGAAGCAGAAGAGGACAAUAUCACUGGUGCAUUCUCGAAUGCGACAAUACUCGUUGACGAUUUGCUGCUCCCUUUGCCCAAUGUACAAAGUUGGCUCUUCGUCGGACUCGCGGCCUCCAUGUAUUUCUAUAUUAUUCUCUACAAAAAGGUGACUUUUUGGGGCUCUCACAACGACUGACCGCUUUUCAGACGCUCUACUUUUACCCGUUCGUCCACUCUCAUCUGCUCAUGUGGCUCAACGUGUUGCUCGUCGGCGCCUCCAUCAUUGUCCACGAUUGUCUGCCUCAAAUCCACCCGCUCUCCCCGAUUUUCUACCUAAUCUGGACGAGUCAUGCCGUUUUGGACUACAUGUGCCAGUUCCUGCUCAACAUGCUCAUUUUCCAAAUGAUCUAUCUGUUCUCGUCGGACAAACAUCUCGAGAUCGACGAUCGUGGGUGCUUUUACGAACUUUGGACGGACCGGUAAGCGCAUAAUCUUCUCAGGUAAUUUUCGGCAAGCGUGGGGCGCGCGAGCGGCAAGCGAACAGCAAGUUGCUACGGGUAGUAUGGGGUGAGCAUGUGUCACGCACGGAUCCGGCAUGGCAUCAGCAUGGAUCGGGCGUGCAACAGAAACGAGUGGGAUAGAAGGGAAGCAAGGUUUUUGAGCGGCACGGGAGCAGCAACGGUAGCAGGGUGGUUGUGGCAACGAAGUAGCAAAGGUUCAGCGCGUAGCAGGCACGGAAUCGGCACCCUUACAGCAGAUUUCCGCGGAAAACGGCACGGAUGCCGCUUCCAGUCAGCACUCAUGCGGCAACUUGGCUAACGCCGGGCGGUUUCAGAAUUUGCUCGCUGAUUUCCACUCAUUUUUCGAUCACUUUUUGUGUUUUCAUCGAUUUCUAGUACAAGAAUGGAGAAAUUGUCAACAAUUUGGUCGUUUAGAACCUACCAAGUGCCCCUUCGAGCCGCGCUAUUGUUGAUCGUCGAAAUUGUGCUCAGAAUCUACGGCACCUUCGAUUUUACGGCUUCGUCGACGAAUAUUGUGGGUAAUAUUGUACCUGUACACGAUAUUCAUGCAACUUUUUUCCAGAAAAUAGACACGUCGUCACUUUUGCCCAUGACUUGCUCACUCGGAAUGCUGCUGGCGUGGUACUGCUGGUGGGAGCACUCGGGACGCAAAUUGCGGCUCAGCGACGAUCAGAUUGGACACUCGGUGCAUGCGAUUGUGCUCGUCGUCGCUUCAUGGGUGAGAAAAAGUGUUUUGUGACAUUGAAUAAGUUACGUUACAUAGCCAAAGGUCUUAACGAAAAAUCCCGUAUCUUUGGAGACCUAUAUCUUGAGAACCAAUAAGUAUAUCAAAAAGUUGUCAACUGUAAAGUUGUUGCAAAUUUUGUGCUCUACAACUUUGUAGUUGCACAUUUUACCCGAAAAUGUUUCAUUCUUGCGCUAUGACCAUGUUUCUAAACAGUACAGACUCAACUGAAGAGAAAUCGUUUGACAAUAUGUCUGGACCAGGUUUAGUUCAAUUUUUGAAAUUCCAGACAUCAAUAGGCCCCUUUUCCAUAUGCCGAUUGUCUUGAAAACAUUUGUACUCCAAGCGUUUUAGCAUUUCUCGGCGAACCCGGUUUCUAGCUAGCAAAGUUAGAAAGCCUCAUGAAUUUAUGGGUGAGCUUUCAAGAGCUACAGUACUUUUAGGAGCUAUUGUACUAAAAAGUUGUCAACUACAAAAUUGAAGAUCAUAAAUAGUAGUUGAUUUUUGUAAUUGACACUUUUUGUCCACGACCACUCUGAAAAUUAUUGUAGCGCUUGGAAGUUGGGACUGGUUAAAGCUCACUGCGAAUAUAGACCGUUUUGUUGAGGCGGCCCUCGCAAUCCACACAAUCGACCAACUGCACUCGGACCCUCGGAUCCUGGCGUUGCGCCUGCCGAUCCAAUCGGUCCACUUCAUCCCGCACGCCUGGAUCGUUUCGGCAGUUCUGUGCCAUUCCGACCUCGUCCAGGACUGGUUUCGACGGCCGAGCCGAGCUAUUGUCCGUCAAUUUCAGCCGGAUUCCACGUCGGCGGCACACUUCCGAGAGAUCAAUGCCGUCGAGAUCAUCGUCAAUCCUUGA